AUGUCUACUGCUACAUCGUUUUCAUUAUUCUCAGUUCAAAUCAAAUCUGAAAUAUGUGAGAACACAUCUGAAGAUGGUCCAUGUUCGACAGAUAAUAAGAUCGGUCAUAAAUGGAAACAACAUGCCAUCACCGUGGCUGGCGGAAAUGGAAAAGGACAAAAAUUAAAUCAAUUCAAUGGGCCUUCUGCAAUCUUUAUUGAUAACAAGAAGAAUAUUUUCAUUGCUGAUGUCCAUAAUCAUCGUAUUGUUGAAUGGAAACAUGAUGCAAAGAAAGGUCAAAUUAUUGCCGGUGGAAAUGGCAAAGGAGAUCGCAUAGAUCAAUUGGAUCGACCAACAGAUGUGAUUAUUGAUCGACAAAAUCAUUCCAUCAUCAUUGCUGAUCGUGAUAACAGACGAGUGAUUCAAUGGAUGAAUGAAAAGCAAAAAAUUCUCAUUCAUAAUAUUGACUGUUCUCGUUUGGCAAUCGAUAAACAUGGCUUUCUUUAUGUUAAUGAUUAUAUGAACAAUGAAGUGAGACGAUGGAAAAUGGGCGAAUACAACAAUGAAGGAGUUGUAGUGGCAGGCGGACAUGGAAAAGGAGAUCAACUCAAUCAACUCCAUUAUCCUACGUUUAUCUUUGUUGAUGAAGAUCAAUCUGUUUAUGUAACAGAUAGAGACAAUCGCCGUGUGAUGAAAUGGAGAAAAGAUGCCAAAGAAGGAAUAGUUGUGGCCGGAGGAAAUGGUGAAGGAGGAAAUCUGAAUCAAUUGUCUUUACCUGCAGGAUUGAUUGUGGAUGAUUUGGGUCAAAUCUAUGUGGUAGAUUUUGAUCAUAACCGAGUAAUGCGUUGGCAUGAAGGAAAAGAAAAAGGUGAAAUUGUUGUCGGUGGAAAUGGUGAAGGAGAUCAAUCAAAUCAAUUGAACGGUGCCAGUGGUUUAUUUUUUGAUGAUGAAGAAAAUCUUUAUGUUGUUGAUGAUGGAAACGAUCGAGUUCAAAAAUUUGAAAUAAUUUUGUGA